AUGUCUUCUGAAAUCUUGAAAUCAGCAUGGAAAGUAAUCCCCAUGUUUCAGUCACGCUCUAUUCCUCUCACGAUUCAAUUCUACACCGAGAAGCUUGGUUUUGAACUUGCCAGCGUGAAACCUGAAGAGGGCUCUUCCGAGCAGACAUUUUGCUCCUUGUUCAUUGGCAAAAAAGCAGACGCCAACUUCUACUUCUCCAAAGCAACAGCUGAAGACUUUACCACGUCCCAGGCAAUGAUUGCCCUAGGCACCUCGCAGUUAGAUGACUAUUACAAUUAUCUGAGAUGUCUCGAAGAUGUUGAGAUUGUGGAAGAUGUUGAAGAUACACCGUGGGGGUUUAGGCAGUUCUCAGUCAAGGAUAAUGACGGGAAUCUCUUGACUUUUUUCAAAUUCCUCGAGGGGGGAAAUCCCGGGCAAGACUGA